AUGGGAGCUGAGGGGGAGUACCUUACUUCAGGAGGUGCUGUUACCAUCGAAAAACAACAGACCUCUUCUACUGCUGCCACUAAAGAUUUGGUCUUUAACCCUCUGAAUAUGACUCAUGGAGGAAACUAUGUUUGUGAAGCUAAAGUGGUGCUACCUGACUCUGCUGGAUCCUUCAACACCACGCAUCAGUAUCAUCUUAAUGUCAUCACACAUAUCGGUUAUCUGGAGAAGAGUAUCAAGCAGACUCUGACAAAUCUCAUUAACAAGAACUGCAGCUGUGACUUCCAAAUUUUUCAGAUUGAUGAGGGAGAAUUUAGCUGUCGCUCUGGCAAAGAUGGCUAUGUCACUUAUAGGGCAAGACUAACAGGGAGCAGUGAUACACAGAGUACACCACCAGUGCUUGCAGUGAUCAAGGACUGGAUGGCCAAUGACGGGACAUUCCUGUACACCUAUCAUGGGAACAUGAGACUGGGACUGGACCAAGACUGUCCUCUGGAGAUUGCCUCCUUCUCCCAGCCAGAGUGCGUGAAAAGACAAAUGGUGAAAUAUGAGCUGUAAGACAUAGCAACAUACGUUGUAUUAGAGCAAGCCGCACGUGAGCCUUUGAAAGUUGGUUAACCUGGAAUUUCUGUAAGCGUGUCUAUUGGUGAGCAAACUCAGACGCAUGCGCAGUAUAAUUUUGAAAGCCGC